AUGGCGGCGGCGGGGCUGAGGGGCGGCCGGGGACUCCUGCGGUGGGUGCGCGCCGGGCUCGGGGGGCCGCCAGCGACUCUGGGAAGGCCGGCGGGGGGAAGGAGGAGGAGGCCGGCGGACGAGGAGGCGCCGCGCCCCCCGGCCCUGCACUGGCCCCCCGCCCUGCGCCGCUUCACCACGAGGGCAGCCGAGAGCGGCCACGCCGAGGAAGCAGCAGGAACGGGCCACACGGAGAGCGUCCGAGGCACUGCUGCCAGUUAUGAGUUCCAGGCGGAGACCAAGAAGCUGCUGGACAUUGUGGCCCGUUCCCUUUACUCAGAGAAGGAGGUGUUCGUACGGGAGCUGAUAUCCAAUGGCAGUGAUGCUCUGGAGAAGAUGCGUCACCAGCUGCUUUCUGAAGGGAAAGUCUUGCCAGACCUAGAGAUCCAUCUCCAGACAGAUCCCAAGAAGGGGACGCUCAUCAUCCAGGAUACAGGCAUUGGCAUGACACGAGAGGAGCUGAUCUCUAACCUCGGCACCAUCGCAAGGUCCGGCUCCAAGGCCUUCCUGGAAAUGCUUCAGAACAAGGAAGAGGCCAGCAGUAAGAUCAUCGGCCAGUUUGGAGUGGGCUUCUACUCUGCCUUCAUGGUGGCCAAUAAAGUGGAAGUGUUCUCACAGUCGGCACAGCCAGACGCCCCAGGAUGCUACUGGACCUCUGAUGGGUCAGGGAUGUUUGAGAUUUCAGAAGCCUCUGGAGUCCGAACUGGGACUAAAAUAAUUCUUCAUCUCAAGGAGGACUGCAAGGAGUUUGCUACUGAGGAGCGAGUCAAAGCGGUCAUCAACAAAUACAGCAACUUCAUCAGCUUCCCGCUCUGCCUCAAUGGGAAACGCACCAACACCCUACAGGCCCUCUGGGUGAUGGACCCCAAGGACGUCAGGGAGGAGCAGCACCUCGAGUUCUACCGCUUCAUUGCCCAGGCCUAUGAUGAGCCCCGCUACCUUCUCCACUACAAGACCGACGCCCCCCUCAACAUCUGCAGCAUCUUCUACGUGCCAGAGAUGAAGCCCUCCAUGCUGGACAUCAGCCGAGAGCUGGAUUCCAGCAUUUCCCUGUACAGUCGUAAGGUCCUGAUCCUGACCAAGGCCACGGACAUCUUGCCAAAAUGGCUGCGCUUCCUCAAAGGCGUGGUGGACAGCGAGGAUAUCCCCUUGAACCUCAGCCGGGAGCUGCUUCAGGAGAGCGCUCUCCUCAGGAAGCUCCGGGAGGUCUUGCAGAGGCGGCUGAUCAACUUCUUUGUUGCCCAGAGCAAGAAGGACCCGAAGAAAUAUGCCAAGUUCUUUGAGGAUUUUGGGCUCUUCAUCCGCGAGGGGAUUGUCACAGUGGCUGAACAGGAGGUCAAGGAGGACAUAGCCAAGCUGCUGCGUUACGAGUCCUCCGCCCUGCCCGUCGGCCAGCUGACCAGCCUGAUGGAGUAUGCCAGCCGCAUGCCCGCGGGUAGUAGGAACAUCUACUACCUGUGUGCCCCCAAUCGUCACCUGGCUGAAGCCUCGCCGUACUAUGAGGCCAUGAAGAAGAAGGAUGCAGAAGUGUUGUUCUGCUAUGAGCAGUUUGAUGAACUGACUCUCCUCCACCUGCGGGAAUUUGAGAAGAAGAAACUGAUAUCAGUGGAAACGGAUAUUGUGGUGGAUCACUACAAGGAAGAGAAGUUUGAGGAGAGCCACUCAGAGGAAAACCUGAGCUCACAGGACGCGGAGGGCCUCCUUGCCUGGAUGAGGAAUGUGCUGGGCUCACGGGUGGCGGCUAUCAAGGUGACACCGCGGCUGGAUACGCACCCGGCUAUGAUCACGGUGCUUGAGAUGGGUGCUGCCCGCCACUUCCUGCGCAUGCAGCAGUUGGCGAAGACCAGUGAAGAGCGGGCCCAGAUCCUGCAGCCGACCCUGGAGAUAAAUACAGGACACCCUCUGAUCAAGAAGCUCAGCCAGCUGCGGACCAGCCACCCGGAUCUGGCCCAGAUGCUGCUUGACCAGAUCUAUGACAAUGCAAUGAUAGCGGCAGGUCUGAACGAUGACCCCAGGCCCAUUGUGAACCGACUGAACAGCCUCCUCACGAAAGCCCUGGAGAAGUACUGAGUGGCAGUGAGGAUGGGAGAGGAGGGAGGCCUCUUCUAAGCCACAGUGAGAAACCCGACUUCUACCCAGGGAAGAGAGUUUGGGCAGGGCAGGGCAGCCAGCCUUUUGUGGUGGCCCAUCAUCCUCACCUGCCCUGAGAAGCCAGCCCAGGCCGUGUGGAAGUGGGGCUCAGUAGGCGCAACACUUGUGCCCCCCUCCCCCCGGGGCCCAGCUUUGGGGGCGGCUGCUGAGCUGGGGUCCCCUGAUGCAUGAGCAGCAAACCCCUCGUGGUCCUUGUAGUUAAUAAAGUCCUUUAUUUCAGCUCUGAGAUGUCACAGUCUUACUUUAUUUUUCAAAAAUUCCAAGCUGCUUUGCCCCAAGGCGGCUGUUGGUCUAAUGAGCAUAGUGACCAUCUCAUCAUGGCUGUUUUGUUCUAUGGAAUACUGAAAUUGACUUUUAUUAUUAUAUGAUUUUAUUGUGAUUUUAUUAUGAUGUUGUGCUCUGCCCUGAGCCCCUGCGGGGGAAUGGGCGGAAUAGAAAUAAACUAAUAAUAAUAAUGAA